GUAUGCGCAAGCGGAAUUUUGAACGUGUCUCGAAAUGGCGGCAUCUAAGGGUGCCAACACCUACAACCGUCAGAACUGGGAAGAUUCUUCAUUUCCCAUUCUAUGUGAGACAUGCUUAGGACCAAGUCCCUUCGUUCGAAUGAUGAAAGAGAAAUAUGGCAAGGAGUGUAAAAUUUGUGACCGUCCUUUCACUGUUUUUCGUUGGUGCCCUGGUCCCAAAGCCAGAUUCAAAAAGACUGAAGUCUGUCAGAGCUGUGCAAAGAUAAAAAAUGUUUGCCAGACCUGUUUGUUCGACCUCGAAUACGGUCUUCCUGUUGAAGUCCGUGAUAAAGCACUUCGUUUAUCACAACAAUUGCCGAAAAAUGAUGUUAAUCGAGAAUAUUUCCACCAACAAAUUGAACAGAACCUUGAAGUGGAAGGUGACAUAACAGCUCCAUAUGGAGGAAAUCAGCUAAUUGGAAAAGCUAUUUCAAACACAGCAUCGGCAAGCAGUUCUAGCGGUGGUGGAGGCACAGAUUUACUUUUAAAGCUAGCCCGUACUGCACCGUAUUAUCGUAGAAAUCGCCCACACAUAUGCUCUUUUUGGGUGAAAGGUGAAUGUAGGAGAGGAGAAGAAUGUCCAUAUAGGCAUGAAAAGCCUACCGAUCCUGAUGAUCCUCUUUCUGACCAGAAUCUAAGAGAUCGUUACUACGGUCACGAUGAUCCAGUGGCAGCCAAACUGCUGUCGAAAUAUGACACAAUGCCUAAACUUAUUCCUCCUGAGGAUCGUACAAUAACCACACUAUAUAUUGGAGGUAUUCCUGAUGGAAUGACGGAAAAAGACCUUCGCAAUCAUUUUUACCAGUUUGGAGAGCUGCGUUCUGUUAAUCUCCAUGCCAAACAACAUUGUGCUUUCAUACAGUUCGCAACUAGAGGUGCUGCUGAACGUGCGGCUGAGCGGACUUAUGACCGAUUAAUUUUGGGUGGUCAUAGACUAACAGUCAAUUGGGGGAAAUCACCAGCAGCUUUGGCGGCUGCCAACUCUCACUCAUCAACAGAAGCUGGUGAUAUAAGUCUACCUCCUGUUCCUGGUUUGCCUUUGCCACCUGUUUUACCGCCUACCAACUUACUAAAUAAAGCUAUGACUAUCGGUCUUAGCGGGAAUUUCUUUAUGACACCUCCACCACCGCCACCUCCCCCACCGCCUCCUACUACCAAGUCACUAAUAGGUUCCAGUUCCGAUCAUGUGUCCAGUAGUAGGAUGCCACUUAUUCCACCUCCAAUUCAACUUGCACCACCAGUUGCUGAACCACCACCUCCUGGAGAUACGUUUUUGGUUCUGCUAUUUAUUUUCUGCUACAUAGCCUGAUGGAUGAGUCACCAAGUGAACUGUUUUUUUGUAAGUUUGACAGAUUUCCCAAAUUUUAAAUCAACCUGUGAACCAUGAUACGACCAAUAAUGAUAAGCGAUGAACUGCAAUUAUGAUACCUUUCAGUUUGCCAGUUAGUCUAAUUAGACGAGUUCGAGCAACCUUCUGUUUGUGACAUAAAUGCAAGCUUUGAUUGUUUGAUUCUAUUUCCGAAACGAUUGAGGUUCUAAUUGGCAAUUUUUAGAAUUUCAAGCCAGCCAAAUAUAUACUACAAGACCGAUGCACAGAAUUAAUACAUUCGAAGGGUUAAUAAAUUAGCUGGCUAAAUUGGAAGUUUACCUCCUUCCCUACUUACUCCCGAUGCCACUCGUGAAGAAGUAUAUGUCGCCCACCAGCAUCCUCCAUCAAAGUAUCCUAGGCAAUCCUUUCCAGUUGCUGAUCAUUCUUUUCAUGUAGUUUCAUCCUGUUUGAGUAAAUCUUGUAAGGCUUAGAACCCGUUAUUGAGAGCUGUCUUGAAUUUGUUGGGUUUAUCAGCAUCUUGAAGGAAGGCUGUGUUAAAAUUUUGUAAUGUUGUUUCUCCAGUUGUCCAGUGUUUCUUUAGCAUCAGUUUCAUCUUAGCAAACACCAAGUGGUGAUCUGAAGCUAUGUCAGCUCCUCUCUUUGUUCCUACGUCUUCCAU